AUGCGUAGCUACCAGGCAAAGUUUUUGGAUGUAUCAGAAAAAUCUAACAUUUUAAAGUUUGGCUCUUUCACAUUGAAAUCUGGACGCCGCUCCCCUUAUUUCUUUAAUCUUGGCUUGUUCAAUACUGGUGGCUUAUUAUCAACUUUAGCUGAUUCUUACGCUAGCGCUAUCAUCGAAUCAGGACUUGAAUUUGAUGUGCUCUUUGGGCCAGCUUACAAGGGUAUUCCACUUGCUGCUGUCACAGUUGCUAAGUUAGCAGAAAAGGAUCCAAAGUAUGCAAGUGUAGGCUAUUCUUUCAAUAGAAAAGAAAAGAAAGAUCAUGGUGAAGGAGGUUCCAUUGUCGGCUCUCCUCUCUUAAACAAAAGGAUAUUGAUCAUAGAUGACGUUAUGACAGCUGGAACUGCUAUUAAUGAAGCCUUCGAUAUUAUUAGGGGUGAAAAAGGGCAAGCAAUUGGCUGUAUCAUAGCUUUGGAUAGGCAAGAGACCAUCACGGGAUCAGAUAUAUCUGCAACACAAGCAGUCUUUGAGAGACACAAUGUUCCAGUGAUUUCUAUUGUAAACUUGGAUGAAAUUAUUUCUCAUUUUUCAGGAAAAAUCACAGAAGAAGAGUUGGUCUCGAUUGAAAAAUAUAGAGAACAAUAUAAGCCAAGGAAUGUAUAG